AGGAAAGGGACACGAGGGUUGCCUGGCUGCCGGUAGUUGCAGCCAUUUUGCUGCGGGGGGGGGGAGUUAAAUGAAACCCGGCCACCGCCGACGCCGGGAGGAGUUCUACAGAUCUGGCGGCGAUCAUGUUGCGGCUGCGUUGUAAAGCGCGGAGUGGCUCCUUUCCGCUUCCCGGCCUCACGGCACAUUCCCGUCUGCACGAACUACAGGCCGUGAUCGCUGCCCUCACCGGUGUCCCCAUCCAGGCCCAGCGCCUGCUGCUCGGCUUCCCCCCCUCGGGCCUCGACCUCAGCGAUGGAGAGCAGCGCCUCGGAGAGCUGGGCAUUCACUCGGGUGAUACUUUAAUAGUUGAAGAAGAUGCAACCAAGCCCAAGACUGAUUCAUCUAUAGUUACAAAGCGGACUGUUCCUAAUUCAGUUAGAGAAGCUGUCCCUGUGCUUGCCCGAAAGGUUGUUCCAGCUGACAACUCAUGUCUUUUUACCAGCAUAUAUUAUGUAGUAGAAGGUGGGGUUUAUGAUCCAGGCUGUGCCCCAGAAAUGAGAAAUCUCAUUGCCCAAAUUGUAGCAAGUGACUUGGAAUCCUAUAGUGAGGCAGUCCUAGGGAAAAGUAAUCAGGAAUACUGUGAAUGGAUCAGAAGAGAAGAUACAUGGGGAGGUGCAAUUGAGGUUUCUAUUUUGUCUAAAUUCUAUCAGUGUGAAAUUUGUGUAGUUGACACUCAGACAGUCAGAAUUGAUCGUUUUGGGGAAGAUGCUGGCUAUGCUAAACGGGUGCUUUUAAUUUAUGAUGGUAUUCAUUAUGAUCCACUUGAGCGUAAAAUCCCCAGCUCAGACAUUCCUCCCCAGACAAUUUUUUCCACAACUGAUGACGUUGUCCUUGCACAGGCUUUGGAGUUAGCAGAUGAAGCCAGAAGAAAAAGACAGUUUACUGAUGUAAAUCGGUUUACAUUGAGAUGUAUGGUUUGUCAGAAAGGAUUAACAGGGCAAGUGGAAGCCAGAGAACAUGCCAAGGAGACGGGACACACCAACUUUGGAGAAGUGUGAAUUUUCUGUGAGGUUGGUCAUAUCUACUACCUCACUGAUCCAGAACAAGCCUCCAGGUUUUUAAAUAAGCUAUAUGUAAUGUUACAGAUCUAUUCAAAGUUUGAAAGCCCUAAAUUUAAUUAUAGCCAAUAUGCACAGGUUUGCAGUUGAUAGUGUAAAAUGUUUACAAGAGUGCGUGCAGUGGUGUCAUAUUUUCCAAGGAUCUUGGAGCAUUCUUUUGCACAUCUAAGAACUAGAGAUAGCAACUGAUACCAACAGCUGUAUCAACUCUUGAAAAAAAAUCUGAGCAGCUGCUGAAGGAAUUCUUCUAACACAACUGAAUAUAUACAUUGCUGUAGCUAGCUAGACCUGCAUGUAGGAUUUUAGAAUCACUGAUGGAAUAAAAAUCUCAGCUCCGUUAUUGGAUUCUUGAUUCUGGAAUCUCUCAAAUAGUUAAGUUGGUUCCAUUCAAAUCUGGCAAGAUUACCUGCAUCUCAAUUUUGUUCACUUGAAAUGUUGUGUAUGUUUUUGUAACUUCAAGCAGUCAUCCCAAAGCUGUUUUAUUUGAAAUUGCUGAUUUGGAAAACCUUAUGUGUAAAAAUAAGGGAUGUAGGUUUCAUCUUCAGCAGUCUUAGAAGGUAAAGUUAUUAAUAAGUUUGCAUAUUUCCAUAGUGCCUAAUUCAUCAGUAUGCAUUAUAUUUUUAAAUGGUAUGAUCUGUUGGGGUGUUGAUAUGCAUAAGUAAUAGGGCCUUCAGAAUUACUGAAAUUGUAACAAAUUCCAGCAAUAUGAAUCAUUAUAUUCAUCAUAUGGAUAAAUAAUAUAUUGCAGCUGUAAUAUUUCAAGGGGAGCCUGGUUCAUAACAUCAAAUUGUUAUAUUUAAUGUCAAACCUUGAGGGGCAGAGUGGUAAGUUUCCAAGUUAAUUAUCUGCUUUUCUAAGUAUGGCACUGUCCCUGAUAACUCUCAGUUGAUUCCCCUUGAAAGCAGUAUAUUUAACAUAGGAAAAAACCCCUCAGAUGUGGAUAUGUUGGAGGUGGAGGAAGGGAGGAGACUCUAGGUUGCUCUUAUUGUACAUUGCUGCCAAGUGAGCUGGUGCUUCACAUUAAGAACAAAACUUAGUGACCUGCAUCCAGAAUCACAAACUAUAAAUAAGUAGUUGCUAUUGGAAAGCAUUGCACUCUGAUUUAAUGCCUGAUUCAUCACGUAGCUUAAGUGACACAUCCUUUCACUGCUGUAGCUCUGAACUGAAUAACUCAUUCACUGCUGUAAGCUUUAUAUGUGUGUAUAUAUAAAAAGGUUCUUUGGGGCUGCUUUGGUAUUGACACUAUAUCAAGUGUUAUGUUUUGGCAGGCUAAAUAACUUGGUUUACUGAAAUUCUGUUUGCUAAUAAGACAUGUUUCAUGAAUAAUCAUGGUUUGCAUGUGGUGGUGGUAGAGAAGUUACACUUAAUCUGAGGGGCCUUUGUAGGCAAUAGAAAAUUUAUUUUUGAGGCUAUUUGAAUUAAAAGUAACUUACUAGUAAAUUUAAAAGGAAAGGGUUUAGCAUUUGAGAGAAAGGGGGAAAUUAAAAUGAUGUGUGAGAUGGUCAUGUUGGUAUGUGGUGAUCGAAACUGACUUUAUGCGUGCUGACUUAGAAAUAACUCAAAUUAUCAGAAAAUGGCAGUGCUAUAGCAGUAUUAGUUGCUAUUAAUGACAUAGGUAUUAGGAAAUGAGUGGUAUUGUGCAACCACAGUUGAGCAGACACAAUAAUUUGGAUCAAAACAUCUAAUUUUCCUUGCACCAAAGGACUUGUUUGUAUCUUUUUAAGGCCCCAAAUAUAUGUAUGGUUAACUGCUUCCCCCAUUUAUUUUUAAUAUAAUGUGACCUAUGAAAUUUCAAACAGGCAUAGGCUGGGUGACAUAUCUCAACUAAUUUAUGCCUUACUGCAGGGAUCCCCAACUUCGUGGGGUUAUGGAUGUAUUUGGAAUGUUGAGAACAUGUGGGUACAUUUGUAGAAUGGCCGCCAGGGAGGGGUUCUCCAAUAUACAAAAUGGUAGCUAUGGGGAAUAUAACUUGUUACAAAGCACCAAUUUACCUGAGUUAAGUGACACAUACAUGCACCAGUCCUCCCCCCUCCCCCAGUAUUCCAUAUAAUGUGUGCUUAAAUUGUUUGUUUGUUUUUCUAGGCAGGUAGACAUCCUCCAAAAGUAAGAACUAUGCUGUAGCAGCACAUCAUUUUAAAUAAAAUUUUAAGAAAGCUUAUCAUGGCAUAUUGCUUUGCAGUGUGUCAGGUUCCCAUUAAAAAAAAACAAACAGUUUUUUAAAGAUGUGAAACAUAGGUGAGUCAGGAAGGCUGAGAUAAUUGAAUGUGAUUACAACUGGGCUGUGUAAAUUUUCAGUAUUCAGAUUUGAUUUGAAAAUCCAGAGUGAUCUGAAAUGUUAAAGAUUUGGACCCAAUUCAGAGAUCUGACAGUCAGUGUGAAAAUGCACUUUUAAAAUCAAUUCAGAGAUUUGAAUUGAAUCCAGUGUGAUUUGCAUAUCCUUAUUUGCCACUGACAAAGACUGGCAUGCUGUACUUAGGGUGUUCUAGAUUUCUUCAGUGACUUGUAACACUGACUCAAUACAGUUUAAAGACUCAUUUGAGUCAGAUAUUUUUGAGUUGUAUUUCUUCAUAGUUUCAGCUUGUAUAUAUUGAGGUGAAAGUUCUCAAAUCUAGAAACAUCAAAGAAAUCAGCAAUCACUCAUUGCCCCAUAUAUGGUGGGCUAAAAUAAUCUAAACGUAGUUGUGGAUCUUAAAUGGAAAACAUUAAUUGCUAAAGUGCUGUUGAUUUUAAGUUCAUAGAAGAUGAAAGGCAAUCCUAUGCAUGUCUGCUCAGAAGAAGUCAAUCCCAAAGGAAUGGACUCCCAGGAAAGUGUGUUAAGUUGCAACUCAAAUCACAACUAACUCUAGUUAGUUAGAGAUAUUAAGGGUAACUCAGUUAAGAAGAUUAAAGCCAAAAGCCUUAAACAGACCAACUGCAAUUGUACUUACUAUAGGAAAGUGUUACCAAACUCACUAAGCUGCAUGCUUUUAUUGGCCAAAAGGGACAUUAGAUAAGAAUAUUAAAUUAUAGUAAUUUAUUUAAAGUUCUGCUUUAAAUAAUGGGAAUUAAGAGUAUAGCAAAUGAAAAUAUUUUACAAUUAAUAUUGGUACUAAUCUCUUUAAAGUCAGGUUAGUUGACCUUAAAAUCCUGUACAUAUAUACUUGGACAUAAGUAGACACUGGAGAUUACUCUCAGCUGUUUAAGAUAUUUUUUGUUAAACCUCUUCCAGUAAUUUUUUUACAGGGUUAUUUGCCAAAAAUGGUUUGAAAAAUAAGGUGCAAUUUAUACAAAACCCGGAAGUGUUUUAGAUAUUAAGCAUUUAAUCUGUAACCAUGUAUCUAAAUUUACUUGGAAAAACAUUAAAAUUAGUAGGACUUUCAGAUUAUUUUGAAGAAAAGAUGUAAAGUAUUCUCAAAUUUGAAUAUAUUAAUUAAAUACAAUUAUAUUAAAUACAGACUGGCUGAAAUUACAGAUGAACCCAGAUACUGAUCUAACUUUGUUUGCUUUAGAAUUGAUUAAAUGCACCUAUCAUACAGGUGACGAGAAGCUGACCUGUUUAUAUUCCAUUUAAACAAAGGUGCUAAGGGAAGCUUAUUUUGUAUAUUGUUUUCUAUUAAAUAUUUUUAGUUUUAGAGUAUGUACUCUUUUGCAUUUUUGUUUUAAGGUUUGUCUGGAGACACUUGACAUGGGUUUAAAUCACACUAGUUCACUGCAGACAAUUUUACAAAGUAAAAUUAAGACACCUAGUUUACUAUCAGUAUUACAAUUUUUAAUAUAAUUUUAAAAAUACAGAACAACUUGUUUUUAUUGAACUAUUGUUAUGUCAUAAGUAUGUCUUUACACACACACACACAGAUCAUUAGUUGCAGGUCAGUGCAUUUGAGAAUUAAAAUAUAUAAAAUAAAAAACUGCCUUGUGAAUUCAGAAGAAAACAUGUAAUCUGAUAUUUGUUUCAUCUAACUGGUUGUUACUGGAGUCUGAAAGUUUGUAAAUUUGAACAUAACAGAGGUUAUCAUCUCCUUUUGUUCAAGCAUCUACUUAUGAGAGAUGUUACCAUGUACUUGAAGAUUCAGAUUACUUUUCAUCCUUGAUAGCUAUUAAAAAAGUUGGUAAACAUACUUUGCGGUAGUGGGUUCUAAUACUAAAACAUUAUGAUUUUCUCUCCUAUUUUAAAGUGGCUAUAAACUACAUUGGAUGACUGCUAAUAGAACCAUGUGUCAUAAUCCAAACAGUUUCUCAUGUCACUUUUUAGUCUUUUUCUAGACAGUGCUAAAAUUAAUACUUUCCUUGUAAGGAAAAAAGUUCUAGUCUCCAUAUCUACAGUAAAUCUUGAGAUGAAAUUUCUUGUAGCAAAUUUAACAUCACUUACUUUGUAAAAGAAUCUAUGUCUACAUUAUCUUUAAAAGCUAUUAUUUGCACCCUGUUUCUUAUGGACACAGAAAUCAAUUCAUAAGGACUCCUUCAAUUUGGGAGUACACGAAUAUAAUCCUCAUUUUUUGUUCUGGUGCCAAUUUCUAUACAUUGCAAUAUAACUUAUCUGAUGCAUUUUAGUAUCCUUAAAACUCACUAACUUCAAAAUUCUCUGUAUAUAUUGAGAACAGAGUGCAAUUUGAAGACUGAAUACUUAAAUGAUAAUGGGACAUAGUUCUGUAGUAUUAUUUGACUGAAUUAAAUGUAGAAGAUCUGUUCCAAAAUUAACAUACCUGGCAAUAUGACCAGCGUUAACAUUCAAAAGUGUGAAGGAACUUAUUGUAUGCUUAAGCAGAUAGCCUUUUGCACACUCUUAGAUGAGAUCAGUGUAUCAAGUACAGCACUUUAAAAACUUGUCAAUCACAGUUUAUCAGUUUAGUGUGUUUUGCCAAGGAGUUAAAUGGGUGCAUUAUGAUUUUUUUUUUAUUUGUAAACUGGCAUACAUUUUUAAAACAUCCAAUUUAAUAUUUUUCAGUGGUACUACACAUUGGUAUUUCAUAGAAGUAUGUAUAUGUUCUAUUUAACAUGCUCUCUUGAGUUUAAUUAUGGCAGCACUAAAAUGUAACAUUAUGCAUGCAUGUCCCACAUUGUAUUCACUUGUACUUCUGCUUUCUAUCUUUAAUAAAAAUUGAUGCUGGAACAUAUACAUAGAUUGCAA